AGAGGAUGUUCAACUAUGAAUUCUGAACUAUAUGUUUGUGAUCCACAGGCCAAUGGCACUCAUAUCACCUACGAGAACUUUAUUUUGGGAGCACCAGGGUCAUCUGAAGGUCUCAUCAGCAGGGAGAGAAUUCUACAGAUAUCUUUCAGCUGUGUUUACCCCCAAACCCAAACACUUUCUAUGAUAGAAAUGAACCCACUGGAGAGCGUUUAUCACAAGAACCUUCCUUCUGGUCAAGGGAUGUAUCAGGUCCGAAUGAUCCCAUAUGAGGACGUUGGGUUCUCUCAGCCCUUCAAUGGUAGUGUGGAUGCAGAACUCAACCAGGAGAUUUUUGUUGAGGUUCGUGUUGAUGGGGUUGACAGUCGACAGUUGGUGACAGUGAUUGACACAUGUUGGGCUACACCUGUGAAUGAUCCAGAUUACAGUCUGCGCUGGGAUCUCAUCACUGGAGAGUGUCCAAAUCCACAUGAUAACACAGUGAAGCUUCUUCAGAAUGGUGUCUCAACAUCCAGCCGUUUCUCCUUCAGGAUGUUCAUCUUCAACUCAAACUCCACUAAAGUUUACCUGCACUGUGCUGUUCAUCUUUGUCUUCUGGCCAACAAUUACUGCUCAGCGCACUGUGCUUCUGGAUAUCACCAGAGGGUCGGCAGGUCUCUGGACUUCUAUGACAGUUCUUCUAUAUCCAUGGGUCCUUUCGUCUGGUCUGAUGGAAAUGCAGACAAAUAGGCUCCAGAAUUAGUGUGAGUGUCCGGAGCUCCUGGUCUGACUGGUUGUUUGAUGAUACUUUUGGUUUCACUCCUGAGAGCCUGCACCAUCUUCUAGGACGUCUCCACAAUGCAAAAAUUCUAAUCUUAAAAGUUUCUAUAGCUUAACAUUUGCUUCGUCAUAUCUGAUAUCUAAUUAUGUUUUCUAUAAAACUAAUGAAGGAAGAGCACUACACUUGUUUUAUUG